GGCUGUCUCUUCCCCAUUUCUAUUCUUCUCUGAAAACUCAACUUUCCUUCUCUCUCCAGAUUCUUCUCGCCGGGCCUGAGCAUGGCUCUUCCUCAACAUCAUUUUCUUCAACAACACUACCAAACCCCUCAGCAGCAGCCGCAGCAGUCCAAGAAUUUCAGAAAUCCAUACGCAAUCGACGGUCAGGUUUCGCAGCCGGUUGGUUACUACAACACGGCUAAUGUUCAGGAUCAGUCCCAGCAUCCUCCAUACGUCCCUUCUUUUCAUGUUGUUGGGUUUGCACCUGGUCCGGCCCCCAUGGCGGAUGGCAGUGAUGAUGGGGGUGCUGAUUUACAAUGGAAUAAUGGGCUUGAACCCAAGAGGAAGAGGUUAAAGGAACAAGAUUUUUUGGAGAACAAUUCACAGCUAUCGUCUGUUGAUUUUCUUCAAGCACAGUCGGUGUCAACUGGAUUAGGUUUAUCACUAGACAACAAUCGGAUUGCUUCUUCUGGUGAUUCUGCUUUAAUGUCAUUCCUUGGCGAUGACAUUGAUUGUGAGUUGCAGCGACAGGAUGCAGAGGUUGACAGAUUCCUCAAAGUUCAGGGAGACCGAUUGCGGCGAGCUGUCUUGGAGAAGGUUCAGGCAAACCAACUUCAAACCAUCUCAUUUGUUGAAGAGAGAGUUCUUCAGAAACUCCAUGAAAAAGAAGCAGAAGUGGAGAGCAUCAACAAGAAAAAUAUGGAACUUGAAGAACGGAUGGAGCAGUUGACCAUGGAGGCAGGUGCUUGGCAACGUCGGGCUAGAUACAAUGAGAGCAUGAUAACUGCCCUCAAGUUCAAUCUUCAGCAAGUUUAUGCUCAAAGUAGAGACAGUAAAGAAGGAUGUGGUGAUAGUGAGGUGGACGAUACUGCUUCAUGCUGCAACGGCCAUGCCAUUGACUUCCACCUGCUAUGCAAGGAGAAUAACGAUGUGAAACAGUUGAUGACUUGUAAGGUAUGUAGAGUAAAUGAAGUGUGCAUGCUUUUGUUACCCUGUAGGCAUCUUUGCCUGUGUAAAGAUUGUGAAACUAAGCUUAGCUUUUGUCCCGUAUGUCAGUCGUCUAAGUUUAUUGGCAUGGAGGUCUAUAUGUAAUGCUAUAUGUAUGUAAUAUCUCUGUUGUUGUUAUGCAAAAGUUAUAUGCAUCGUUCUUGUGAUUUUGAUUGUUGCCAAUUGUUGAUUGUGCUUUCUGUAUUUGAAACAAAUUUUCAGUAUAUCU